CUGCCAAUCGGCGCGCCUCUACCAACGCCCCUUAAAGGCGCAGCCACCGCCUCCGGAGCCGGGACGAACCAAUUCCUCCGUUGCGGCCCCCACCUGCAGUAUGGAGUCGUCUCGGGGGCGGCCCGGGCCUGAGACGGACCUUCUGGCUGUAGCGGAACAGCAGGCCGCAAUCUUCGGCGGCGGACCGGGCCGAACGUCCUCUGAGCCGCCCUCAGGCCUCCGGGUGUCCGGAGAGGAAAAGGCCGAGAACGUUGGGGGCGCGAACCGCCACCCCAGGACGUCCCCGAAGACGUCAAGCUGCGGCGUCGUCCACCGACCGGAACGGGAGGCUCUCGAGAAAGAGCCCGGCCCUCAAGGGACGCCGUCUGGGGCUGGGAGCCUCAGUGGGGCGCCGGGUGCAGAGCACGAACCGUCCCUGUCCUUCCGGCACAAGGACCCGGCGCCGCCCGAGGGCAAGCCCGCCUCCGGGAGGGACUGCCGUCGAGGGGGACCAGGCGGCGGGAUGGAUGUUGAGCAGCAGGAGGAGGAAGACAACGACGAGGAGGCGGCCGCGGGCGGCAGAGCCGGCCGCUCGUUCUCCAGCCGCCUUCAGGACAGCCGCAGCCUGGACGGGCUGAGCGAGGCGUGCGGUGGCGCCGGGUCCUCAGGGAGUGCCGAGUCCGGCGCGGGCGGUGGACGCCGCGCCACCAUCUCCAGUCCCCUGGAGCUCGAGGGCACAGUGAGCCGCCACGGCGACCUCACCCACUUUGUCGCCAACAAUCUGCAACUCAAGAUCCGUCUGAGCGGCGCUCCUCCACCCCCACCUUCUGCCCCUGCGCGGCCCUGCCCAACGCCUGCACCCACACCCACACCAGCCAUUCCCCCCAUCGACCCUGAGGUGCUGCGGGAUCUGGAGCGGUUGAGUCGGGAGCUGGGAGGCCGGGUGGACCGUCUGCUUCGCGGUCUAGGUGGCGCGGUGCAAGAGCUGACCGCGCUGAGCGUGGGCUGCAUCCAGACCUACCGCGACGCUGUGGACUCCUUAGGUGAAGCCGUGGACAUGAGCAUCAAGGGCAUGUACACCCUGCUGGCGCGCUGCGAGGAGCUGGAGCGGGCUCUACAGCCGGUUCAGGGGCUGGCUCGCCAAGUCCGGGAUAUCCGACGUACUCUGGAGGUGUUGGAGGCCCUGUGCAAGUGACCAGGAGGACAGGAGAGGCCGGGCCUGGCCAGGGCAGGGCCCAGCAGGACCCUAAGGACUCUUCAGGGAGUCCUGGUGGGAAGUGCCCACUGAGGGGAGGCCUGUGUGUUGGAGGCUCUUCCAGAUACGUUCAGCUGGCCCGCGCCCACUCGCUGGGCCUUAGGCUGGUGUAUAUGGGGAAGUUGUAACGGCUUUCCUGGUGGGAGGGGAUGUUACUCUGCUUUUAUACAGUUGGCCAUCUGUAGCUACCCUGUUCUUCCCAACUCUCCUCCCUAGCUAGAGCACCAGCCCUGGGAACACAGGGCUUUAGGUCUGCUUCAAGGUGAGGACGUGACUCCCACAUAUAAUCAGGAGAAAGGGACAGAGGAAGCCCCAGCCCCCACUGUGGCUAUCCUGACUUCAGUGGCCACAUCUCAGGUGCCAGGGGCUGUGGGAGCUUGAGCCGUCCUUGGCCAAACACACCGCAGGCAAGGAUGCACCCCUGCGGAUGGAUAGCCUUCUGCUUCUGCCCUCUGGCCCUCUACCAUACCACUUCCCCAGCCAGAACCGGGAUGCAGCUAGGAGGAAUGGGUUGCACGGCGGAGGGGGGUGAGGUGAGAGGCGUCUCACUGCUCUCAGGGUUCAGGUAGAAUGUCGCUGGUUUUGAAGCCCACCUGUUGUGGAGUGUUCUCAUCAGUUUUGGCUUUCUGAGAUUUUGUGGAAUUAAAGUGCUGCUGCUGCGAAGGC